AUGCUUGGGCUGACUUGGCUGGCUUACUCCCUGGUGGCGCUUCUCCCACUGGCCAUUUUGGGGGCUGCUCUGUUGGGGUCUUCCCUUUUCUGGCAGCAGGCUCCAGCACGGAACAAGAUCCCCAGGGCACAGAAGCGCAGGGAGAUGGCACUGCAGCAGAUGGAGACCCUGGCACAGCGUCUCCGGCAGCAGGAGCCAGAGUUGGAUCCUCAGUUUAUCCUGGAGCUGCCUCUGACCAAGUUGGUUCAGAAGCUGAAGGCUGAAGAGUUGAGCCUGGAGAGCGUCCUCUGUAGCUACUUAGAACAGGCACUGAAGGUGCACCAGAAGGUAAACUGCCUGACAGAUUUCCUGGGGGAGUGUGAGGGGCAACUGCAGGCAUUGAAGAAGCUCAAGAAGAGCGAGAGAGGCCUUCUGUAUGGGGUCCCCGUAAGCCUGAAGGACACCUAUGACUGCAUGGGUCAUGACUCCACGUGUGGCCUGUCCCAGCUCCUGGAGAGGCCAGCAGCCAAGGACGCGGUCACUGUGGAAGUGCUCAAGGCUCAGGGAGCCAUCCCUUUCGUUAAGACCAACGUGCCCCAGACGCUGAUCAGCUUUGACUGUAGCAACCCCAUCUAUGGACAGACUCUGAACCCUCUGAACUUGAAGAAAACACCUGGGGGCUCUUCAGGGGGCGAGGGAGCUCUGCUGGCAGAGAAGGGGUCCAUCCUCGGCAUGGGCACCGACACAGGGGGCAGUCUCCGCAUACCAGCCAGCUUCUGUGGUGUCUACAGCCUCCGGACCACCGGGCGCCGCCUCAGGUACUUGGUGUCCGGGCCCUUCCCUUCAGGUCCUGAACUGGGAUUUGGGGGUUUGGGGUUUUGCAGCUACUCUGGAAUCGCUUCUGCUGUUCAGGGUGUGAAAACAGUGACCACAGCAGCUGGCCCCAUGGCCCGGGAUGUAGAGAGCCUGGCGCUGUGCCUGCAAGCCCUGCUGAGUGAAGACAUGCACCGACUGGACCCCACUGUGCCCCCCGUGCCCUUCAAGGAGGAGGUGUACUCUAGUCACCAGCCCCUUCGCAUUGGCUACUGUGAAUCAGAUGGCUUCACCCAGCCAUCGCCCAGCAUGCUCAGAGCCAUGAGGCUCACCUCCAGGCUGCUCCAGGAUGCAGGACACCAGGUCGUCCCCUUCUCCAUCCCCCGCGGGGGAUAUGCCUUCCAGCACCUGUUUACCGGGGGCCUGUUCGCUGAUGCUGGGGCCACCCUUUUGGAGAAGCUUGAGGGGGACAUUGUGGAUCCCUGUGUGAAGCCCACAGUCAGCCAGUUACGUCUGCCAGAUGCACUGAAGCGUGUCUUGGCCUGGAUCCUGAAGUAUAGAGAGCCCCGAGUUAGCCAGAAAUUGGAAGAGUUUCGUGGAGUCAGGACGACCAAGCAACUGUGGGAGCAGCACACAGCUGUGAAAGAGUAUCAGCAGGAGUUCAUAGCAGAGUGGCGGUCCCUCGGCCUGGAUGUGCUACUGAUACCCACUGUGGACCCUGCCUUCUCCAUAGGCUACCCUGCCAAAAGUUGGGAUAGCCUCUCCUAUCUAAGCCUGUUCAACGUGCUGGACUUCCCUGCCGGUGUGGUACCAGUCACCACCGUGACACUACAGGAUGAGGAGGAUCUGGUCUUCUACAAGGGGUACUACGGAGAUAGUUAUGACAGAAAUUUCCAGGAGGGAGUGAGAGGAUCCGUGGGACUUCCAGUGGCUGUACAAUGCAUCGCUUUGCCAUGGGAAGAAGAGCUAUGUCUCCGGUUCAUGAAGGAAAUAGAGACCUUGACUAUGAACCAGAAGAAAUCUGAAAGGCUGACAGAAUUCACUAUAGUCCUCUGUGUGGGUGCUCAGUGCAUGGACUGCCUGACAGUCCAAGAUGGGGAACAAGGCCUGAAAACAACGGUGCUGGGCACUGGUGUUCGGAGGCCAGGAAAUCUUCCUGAACCUCUUUCCUCGCGCCUGUACGACCGACAGGAGCGUCCAUACUCGCCGGCUCUGAGGUUCCAAGGGGGAUUUAAAGGCGGGCUCAAGAGGCCCAAGGGCCUCAAUAGUGGCGGCGGUGACAAGGUCGACGUCGUCCGCGCCGCUCUCGCCCUCCCGGGCUCCCACCGCCUGGCCCCGGGCGCGGGCGGCGGGGCAGAAGGCGCGCUCCGGGGCAGGGCCUCCGCCCCGACGGCCCGGCGACCCGCCGCGGGCCCCGCUCCUUCCCAGGCGCCCCCGCGCCGCCGGCGCUUUGAAGUCCCAAUCCGGCAAAUAGAGUCAAUCAAUUAUGAAGGGAACAAUCUGGCGGCCCCUCGGGGAGCGGCGGCCGAGCGAUCCCGGGGGAUUAGGCCGCAAAUCGCGCUGAGCCUCCCUAAGUGA